UGUGCUGUGUGUACAUCGUCUAACAGCGCAUGCGUACUAUUGGACGCUCAACGCCAGUUUCCUCUUAAUGGGGUUUCACCACUACAUCCAAACAUGGGUUUAUGUCGGUGAAAAUACACACUUCUGCACUUUACUCUCGCAAUCAGUCAGAUAUAGCAAGCUACUUCAUCUUCAGCAAGACCGUCCUUUUAAUGGGGUUUCUGUGAAACAUUUCUUGUAUAAACAACCUUUUCUUGUUUUCCUCCAAAAUGCCCGAGUUCAUAUCAGUGGAUGAGUUUAUUACGGAGACUUUGGAGGACUACAGCUCUCCGACCACCUCUUCCUUCUACACCAAAAUGACAAGUUGCAGAAAUUUCGCCAACAAUAUCGAGGAGGCCUUGGAUUCUGACCGUACAUUAUUGCAGAAAAUGAAGAAAUCUGCCAAAGCAAAGCAUAUCUCUGGACAAGACCACAUAUCACAUUUGGAGUCCUACAUCAAUUCCAUGGAGAAGUUGGCUGUAAAUUUCCACAGCAAUGGAGAACCGGAAGUGGCCUCUGCCUUUAAUAAGUUUGCAGAAUUCUCCAAAGAACUGCUGAUGCCAAUGAAGAACUUGUUGAAGAGCAUGUUGCACAACAUCAACUUUUUCCUGGACUCGCUGGUAAAAGGGGAUCUGAAAGAGGUCAAAGGUGACCUGAAAAAAUCAUUUGACAAGGCCUGGAGAGAUUACGAAAAUAAAUUCACUAAAAUUGAGAAGGAGAAGAGGGAGUUGGCUAAACAGUAUGGUAUGGUGCGCACAGAGGUGAGCGGAGGAGAGAUUGCAGAAGAGAUGGAGAAAGAGCGCAGGAUGUUCCAGCUACAGAUGUGUGAAUAUCUCAUCAAAGUAAAUGAAAUAAAGACCAAGAAAAAAGUAGACCUGCUCCAGAACCUCAUCAAACACUAUUACUCUCAAUGCAAUUUCUUUCAGGAGUGUCUGGUUGCAACGGAAAAGCUCAAGCAGUACAUUGAUGCCCUGACGGGACAGCUGAGUGGUAUCAAACACAAGCAGGAUGAGGAGAAAAGACAGCUCUGUUCUCUCAGAGAUCAGCUCAAACCAGCUCUUCAGCCUGAACUGAAAGAGGAUUCUCUAAGCAGGCAGACAGUGUACAGCUUGCAUCAGCUUCAAGGCAACAAGCAAUAUGGGACUGAGAAAUCAGGCUACCUCUACAAGAGGAGCGAUGGGUUGAGGAAGAUGUGGCAGAAGAGGAAGUGUACUGUGCAGAACUGCUAUCUUACCAUCGCUCAUGGAACUCCCAAUAAAGCACCAGCUAAACUGAACCUGCUCACAUGCCAAGUCAAACCCAGUCUGGAUGACAAGAAAUGCUUUGACCUCAUCUCACAUAAUCGUACUUAUCAUUUUCUGGCUGAUGAUGAGUCUGAUUGUGUGGCGUGGAUAUCAGUGCUGACCAACAGUAAGCAGGAGGCUUUGAAUGUGGCUUUGGAUGAGCGGACGACAAGUGGAGAGAACAGUGUAGAGGAUCUCACAAGAGCCAUCACUGAGGAUAUCCGUCGCAUGCCUGGCAACAAUGUUUGCUGUGACUGUGGGGCCCUAGAUCCGACUUGGAUUUCCAUAAACCUGGGAAUCCUGACGUGUAUUGAGUGCUCAGGGAUUCAUCGGAAGAUGGGUGUUCACUAUUCACGUAUUCAGUCUCUUUCUCUGGACAAACUGGCGACUUCAGAGUUGCUGUUGGCAAGAAACGUGGGGAAUUUAGGUUUUAAUGAAAUUGUGGAGGCCAAUCUCCCCAGUCCCUCUGUGAAGCCAUCAGCAGAGAGUGACAUGGCAGUACGUAAGGACUUCAUACUUUCAAAGUAUGCAGAGUGGCAGUUUGCUCACCGUAGUGGUGGCUCACCUGAAACAAAGCGCAAAUGUCUGCAGGAUGCUGUGCGCAGUCGGGAUGUCUUCAGCCUGUUACAGCUAUACGCUGAGAGAAUAGACCUCAGCCUGCCACUGCCCUGCCCCCUACAGGAAAAGGGGGAAACUGCACUACACCUAGCAGUCCUGUUAGCUGACAGGACAUCACUGCAUGUGGCUGACUUCCUGUUCCACAACUGUAAUAAUCUGGACGCACAGACUGCGAAAGGGAACACUGCUUUACAUUACUGUUGUCAGCACAAUAAGACAGAGUGCCUUAAACUUCUGCUCAGAGCCAAGGCCAACACACAUAUCAAGAAUGACAAUGGAGAGACGGGGCUGGACAUAGCUGGUAGACUAAAACACGCACUGUGUGAGGAGCUGAUCCACCAAUCACAAAACAACCAGUUCAACAUGCAUGUACAUGUGGAAUAUGAGUGGAGACUACGGCAGGAUGACUUUUAUGAGAGUGACGACGACCUGGAGGACAAGCUGGGACCGGUACAGAAGGAACGUUUGGGACGGCCGUUCAGCUUGUAUCACAGGAGCACCAUCUCUCAGGGUGGAGGAGGAGGUGCUGGAGGGGGGCUGUUCAACAUGGGUCGGAGGCUGGCAAUGGCCCGGGGAGAAAACCGCAGGGAGGUGUUAGCCAGUCCCAGCUCUCAGACACGGAGCCUGGACAGUCCACCUCCACCACCCCCUUCAUCGCCUGCACCGCCACUUCCACCCAGAGUCAGAGCCCCAAACGUCCCUCCUCCUCCCCCUCCAAUGAGCUCACCUGACGGCUGGACAUCCCAUGAAGUGAGCAGCAGUAAGAAACGAACCCCACCUCCCCCACUUAUCAUCCGACACAAGCGCACCUACUCUGAGCCCGCCCCUCAGGUACCCCCCAGCCCCCACUCUACAUGGCAAGGACCAACAGAUUAUGUAGUGUCUGCAGGUCCAAGAAACUUCGGUGGUCCAGACUCACCUUUCCAGAAGUGUGUCUCAGCUUCUCCCAAAUACACCACAUCCACUCUGAACUCUUUAUCUGAGCUGCCAGAACGAGCAGGAUUUCGAGCAGAUGGGGAGAGCUGCUUGUCUCACUUCCUGUACCAAACACCACAGCCUAUCAGCAGUGCUGGGCGGCACACACCAGCCCGCUCCCCAACCUCCCUACGCUCCUUUAGACUGGAGACUAAUGGGAGCUCCUCUUCAUCCUGCCACACUGCUGCUCAUCCACUGCCCAGGAAAACUCUGGUUAGAAUGGCAAGCGACUGUCAUCCAUUCAUGACAGUGAUGAAGUCGAGGCUGAGGCGUGUUAAAGCCAUGUAUGACUGUGUGGCUGAUCAUCAUGAUGAGCUCACCUUUAAUGAGGGUGAAGUUCUGGUGGUCCUUGGAGAGGAAGAUGCUGAUUGGUGGAAUCAUGAUGAAAUAAUGUUUAAAUGAAUGUGAAGAAAGUGGUUUAUUGAAGACAGACCACAGGUUCUCACAAAGCACCAUGAACAUAGAAGCUUACAAAGAUGUGCAUGCCACACAAUUUGGCCAUUACAAUGGGAUAAACAUUCAGCUGGACAUUGAAAAUGUAUACUUUACCUUUCUUAAAGUGCUUAAAGAACAGAUAACUACUCAGUUUGUUGUGUCAGAAGGCAGAAUUUCUCAAAUCAUAUGAAGUCCAGGGAAUAUGAAAACUACGGUCACAUGUUGAGUUUGUAAGAUGUAAACAAAACAAUACUAAAGUCAUUUGGCCACAACUUUAGUUGAACGUUAUUGCUCAGUGUUCUGGACUCCUAAAUAAAAAAUCCAAGUAAGUCCAUUUUAAGUGGUGAUCUAUUUUUCUACUUGCAUUAGAGGACCAUAUACAUACCUUCAUGUUUUCAUAGUUGAAAAUGUGAUGUUUUAGCUUUUGCAUUGUUUUUUUUAUUUUUAUAAAAAGGUUUGUGAUGAGCUUUAAUGCACAUUUAAGUAUUGUGAGAUAUUGUAUAUCAAUUAAAAUCAUGUUUUUCUGUAUUUUUUAUUUAUGCAACAAAUAUCAAACAUUUUUUAUUUUGAAUAAUGUCCUGGAUACGCUAAUCUAUGACUUUUAAAUGUAAUUAUUAAAUUUUUAUUGUUUAUGCUUUGGUUCUGUUUCUAAAUAGAGAAUUAAAACAC